GCCAAUUAUCAGCUUCGCUCGUCGGCUAUGUGGUCAGCGUAAAUUUUUGUGCAAACUAGAGCCCGACACUUACCCAUUGGAUGCACCGCUCCGAAACAAACCAAAGUGCAGCUCGCCAGCCGACUACGAGAUCUUGCCAGGCAUGUCCCCGAAAGUGUUCCGAGAAACGGAGCACGAACAGCAACUCGGUCCAAUCCACGUGACCGGCAAUCCGGCGAAAGGGUUUCCCUACAAAAAUCCCGAAUACUUUUCGUACCACAACUACUCGUACUACGAUAUUGAGCGAGCGAUCGGGUGUGCCCAUCGGCCGCAACCCAGUGCACUUUCGAAGCGCGAUAAGCCAUUUCGUGUUCCGUGGAAGGAGGAAUUCGAUGACCAACCUGCUGAGGAUCCAUCGAUCGUUAUGAGCUGCAUCCAAUGCGAGGACGACAACGUUCCGGUAAACGCUCCGGUGGUGGAAGCGGCGAAACCAUGAAGCCGUUUGCGGUUGAAGGCCUUGCCGGGAACGUUGCGUAAAAAAGAGGUCAUCGAGCGUUUUGCACCGUGGCGACCACUUUGUGAUAAUUUG